AUGCUACAGUCUAAAUAUCUUGGGUCAGGUAUUAUCUUCUUGUCUCAAAUCAAGGAGAUUGAUCCCCACCACCGUUAUCUAUAUGACAAUGAGCGGAAGGAAAUACAGAGCCAAUUCAAGCGGGGAGCAUGUAUGCCAUGGCUCCCUGGAAGCCGUCUCAAAGCUGAAAUCCAGAAGUCUCAAUGGGAAACUGGGGAGAUCAUCGAGUGGGAACAACUCGACGGCCACAAUCUCCCUAGGCUUUGGUUCAGAGAUGCUGACAUCCACAUAACCAUAGAAAGUGUGGCACGGUUACUGGCAGCUCGCUCGUCUGGCGCUGCAAAAUUGAAGGAGAUGUUCCGUCGUCUCGACACCGAAGAGCGAUGGUGGGUCGUCGACUUUUUCGAGUAUGGUGAUCCAGACAGCUCAUUUAGUCAAAGUUUGGCCUUUGACUGGAGACAGAAAGUCGUACUCAGUUUUUUUGAGCCUCCAAGACGGGGACGGAGUGCGACACGCCCGUCAGGAAAGUCACAAAUUAAAGAGAACAUCUAUAAGGAAGCACGUAACGUUAGCCAGAUACAAGGCAUAAGAGAGGCUUUUCGCGAAUUGAGUCGGCUUCCCAUUCUGUGGAACAAGCGAACAUUCACGUACCUAAGUGACGUGCGCAAGUCUUUCUGUCACGAGGAAGCCGAAAACUACAUUUGGGCUAUUGUCGACCAAUGGAGCGAGAUCACACUGAAAUUUAAAUCUAGGAUAUUGCAAUGUGUAGACUUCGAGUCCGUUCAGAUACUGCAAUCUCUAGCACCUGCCUUCUCCAAGAAGGACCAUAAAGAAGUGGCAGAAAAAUUUAAAAAGGGGCAACUAUUUCCUCUACUCAAAGAACCUCGACUGCGACAUCGAGUCGAAUCCGCAAUAUACCAGCAAGGCCCAAUUCUGACGUUGGAGACUUUUGCGAAAGAUGUGCGCUUGCUACAAGUCGGUGUGCGCCAACCGUUGAAUGAUUUGGUGCUUGGUAUGAGAAGAGAUAACGAGGAUACAUUAAGGAAACGGAUCUGCGAUAUUAUUGGGAGGGAACUUGAUAGAAUCUCUGGUGAACACAACCUUCCUAAGACAAGCUACGAAGAAAGACAGUCGUCAAUCAGACAUUGUUACCAGCGCGUCUUUCUAGACGCGAUCUGUACUAAGUAUUCUACCACCAAAGGUUCCAUCACCAGAUCAAAUAUAAGAAAUCUUGUGGAGGAAGAACUCAACCUUUGCUGCAGUGCCGACAAGGGGCCCUUGCAUAACUUGGUGACGAACGAGAGUGUCACAUCGACUCCAGUGCCAGCAGGUAAGUUGCCAGAGAUUGAAGUAGACAAGAAAAAAAGACACGGCCAAUCUCUUUUCAAAGAGCCGAUGGCUACGAGGGAUUUGUCCUACGAUCGAAUCAACGAUAGCCGUCUUUCCACCGCUUUCUUGACACCAUCGUUCAUGGCCAUGCACAUCGUCCGAGUAUUCUUGUUCGAAAGAAGGUCUGCCGAACCAGUAAGGACGCCUUCCUCAGGCUCACCAGCCACGACUAUAGACUCUUUCUGUACUGCAGCGCGCCCCACACCCUUGGACUUCAAUCUGAUCAGUGGUUACUCGUCGGGGGUCGACCACACUCACGACUUUCCAACAUGUACAUCGAGUCCACCCAUUCUGAAUCCAAGUUAUGUGCGAAAAACCCAUGCGCAGACACCCAAAGAUCCGGUAGAGUCUUUAGCGGCUUCGCUGGUUAGUGGUGAGCCUUCGUCAGCCAGUUCGACUCAUACGUCGACUACCAAGCGCUCGGCAUCACAUCUUGAGUUCGGCGCCUUUGACGAAGAGAGGAAUAAACAAAGACCUGUAAAGCGGCGAUUCCAUUUUUGCGAGCAUGAACUGUACUCUGUGGGAGACCCAAAUUACGAAACUCAUACUGCAAAUGCGUCACAUUCUACGCCGAGCCCUACUAGUGUAUACAUCGAUGAGACAUCUUCGAUCUCUCAGACAGACAGUGCUCGGUUGCUCAACAAAUCUGACCUAAAAAUACACCAUCACCUUGAGAUAGCAGAACCCUAUUUGCAACUAAUAGAGGAGUGGAAAAAAUCAAAUCAUGGCGGACCGCAAUCUCACAUGGCCGUAUCGAGACACUCAACUAGCAACCUCAGACAGAGCCUCUCCGCCAGUGUAGCGACGCACAAGCCCCAGGCUGUCAAUCCUCGUAAGAGACCGCUCAAAUGCGUCUGUUAUAUGUCAUUGUAUGACAGUAAAUUAUUCCUUCGUGUCCCACGCACAAAAGAGGCAACAGAACGAUUUGCUGCGAGCCAAGAUAAGGAGGACAAGUACUCAAGGUUCUUCUACAAGGGAAAACAAAGCGAUAUGAUUGCAAACAAUGGGAAACAGCUAUAUGCAGCUAUAGAACGUUAUGACCUACUAAUAGUCUGGGUGGAUUCUAAUUGCCUGGGAAAAGCAGAGUAA